GUUGAGAAGCAGCAGACCCUGGACUUGUCGGAGCUGCUUUAAUCCGGGUCUGUGGUCCUGGUCCAUCCCUGAGCUGCUUCCUCCAGCCGGCCGCCGGGGGAAGGAGCGCUCUCCUCCCGCACACACAGCCUCCAUGUCCCGACUGCCGAGCCUGGCAGCCAGUGGUCGCGACCAACGACCCGCAGACCUGUGAGCGUCGGAGACCCCGAAAGAAGCCCUGAAAGUCGGACCUGAACGCCUGCCGGUGUAGCUCGGGUCUUCCGGACCCAGCAGRACCGAGUCGGUGUGGACUAGAAGUUUCCGUGAGGAGCGGAGCCGGGAUGUGGUGACGCGGCUCCACCGCAAACACGGGAAGCUAGCGUUAGCCGGGGCGCUAAGGCUACACCAGAGUUUGAUCUUUAAAGCUAAAGUUUGAGGACCUCUUUCAGGAUUAAUGCGUUUAAUCACCGCGAGGCGUGUUUUAUAGGAUUCGUGCUGUAAUGUUGUGUAGUUUUUAUGAAACAAAUGCUCAGAAGUUACGAAAACUAACUAGCUAGUGUUAGCAUUAGCAGGCUAGUCGACUUGAAGCCAAAGAUUUCUGUUUCAAAUUAACCAGCAAGCCUGCAACAGUUACCACGUCACCUGACGAUAGCACUGCUCCUCUGCCAGCUACAAAUGUUGUUUUAAAUUCAUUUUAAGUGUAUUUAUUUAAAGGUAGCCGUCAUCAAGAGAUGCAGAGAUAAACAAUUUACUUCCAAAUAAGUAUGCAGUCUUGGAAUCAGCAGCUAACGUGCUAACGCUGUUAGCCGGCCAAACUUGGAGUAUCUUUCUCCCCUGAUCACUGUGUGAAAAAGAGAGGCCUUAAGGAAAAUAUUGCCUGUUUUCCCUGGAUUACUGUAACACGGUGCUAAUCCCGGCCUCUGGAUGGAGUUCAUGUGUCCUGAAUGACUCUGGAUAUCUGUGAAGUUCCUUAAAGCUGCUUCAAACUCUGGGAUUCUGCUUCACUGCAUCUUUAAAAACCGUGGAUUCUCAUAAAAACCUUUAGAUUAUCCUGCAAAGAUGAUGUGCGAGGUAAUGCCCACCAUCAGCGAGGCCGAAGGGCCCGGCGGGGGAAACGGCAGCGGGCGGCGAGGCUCGGGCUCCCCUCUGCAGUCUGACUCUGAGGGUCACUUUGAGUCGUUGAUGGUGUCCAUGUUGGAGGAGAGGGAUCGCCUUCUGGACACUCUGAGAGAGACUCAGGAGAAUCUGGGCCUGACCCAGGGCAAACUGCACGAAGUGAGCCACGAGAGGGAUUCCCUGCAGCGCCAACUCAACACUGCUUUACCACAG